AGCGCCACAUACGGCGGUAGGUGUGGAGCUCAGGGGCGGGCCAGGCCGGGCCGCGCAUGGGUGUUGUUGACCUUGCCGCAGCCGCCGCGCUACACGUUGGAAACAGAAUCCUUUCCAAGAUGGCGCUGCGUGUCCUCUCUCGAUGUCUCCGCCGGUGGCCGCAACCUUGGGGCCGGCCAAGGGCAAGCCCGAGCGUCGGGGCCCUGCCUCUCGCCGGAGCCAGCAGCAACUACUCUCAGUACGUCUGCAGCAGGCGGGCUGGGGACGAAGCGCCCCGAGCUCAGAGCUGUAGUCUGUUUCUACAAUCGUUGCGUCAUUACGGGGAUCUGCCCCCCCUCUCACUUGACAGCAUCCAGGAACGAGUGCUGUACGUGUUAAAACUGUAUGAUAAAAUUAAUCCUGACAAGCUUCUAUUAAGCUCUCAUUUUAUGAAAGAUUUGGGUUUGGACAGUUUGGAUCAAGUAGAAAUCAUUAUGGCCAUGGAAGAUGAGUUUGGAUUUGAGAUUCCGGAUGUAGAUGCAGAAAAGUUGAUGACACCUGAUGAGAUUAUAACUUAUAUUGCAGAUAAGAAGGAUGUGUAUGAAUAACUUUUUUUCCCUGGAGACAAAAAAUGGGUACUUGCUGCUGGGAGCAUACUCUGUGUGAGGGAUCACAAGCAUUUUUUGAUGCAUAAGUGCUGGUUUAUGGUUUUUGUUGUCUGAUUAUGUUUGUUCAACCAAUGAUAUUUCAAGUUCUAGAACACUGACUUCAGGAAUUAAUAAAUUACUCUUGAACCUG